CGCGCACUUCACGCGUCUUGUGACUGUGCGCGAAUCGGAGUAAAAAAUCUCUUUAAACGAAUUGAGUGUAGAUGCCACGAGAAGUUCAAUGUGUCUCUGGACGCUGUUCGACAAUAUUUUGUGAUAUUCGUGAGAAAUGCGCUCAUCCGCGCGGCGUCACAGUUAACAAACAGUCAGACUGGAUGCCAUCUGGAAGGUUUUCUGCUUGCUUCAAUCCUCGCAGUAAACUGAAAAAGGAGAAGGAGAGAGACUUUAAGAAUAGACCACACCAGACCGACGCUCUCAUCCUCUCAACAUGACCGUCUUCAGCUCUUUAUUUGUCCUUCUCUUCAUCAGCAGGAUUCUGGAGAACUCUCUGCUGAGCGCUGAAGUGAAAGACGGAGAGAUUCUUCCUCCCACCAUCCAGAAACUCAUAAAAGGAUACAACAAAUACCUCAGGCCGUUCUUUGACAAUGGUCCGGUAACGGUGGGCAUGAGUCUGGACAUUGCCAGCAUUGACACAAUAUCAGAGAUCAACAUGGACUACACGGCCACGAUCUUCCUGCGACAGCGCUGGACGGAUGAGAGGCUGGUGUUUGAGGGUAACAAGAGUUUAAGUCUGGACGGUCGACUGGUGGAGCUGCUGUGGGUACCAGACACCUUCAUAGUGGACUCAAAGAAAUCCUUCCUCCAUGACAUCACUGUGGAAAACCGACUGAUCCGGAUCUUUCCCAACGGAACUGUUCUUUAUGCCCUUCGGAUCACGACAACAGUGGCCUGUAACAUGGACCUGACCAAAUAUCCCAUGGACAAACAGACCUGCACCUUACAACUGGAGAGCUGGGGUUAUAAUGUCAACGAUGUGAUGUUUUACUGGGCACGUGGGAAUGAUUCUGUGAGCGGUCUGGACACCCUUCAGCUGGCCCAGUAUACUGUUGAAGAUCACUACACGUCUGCGUCUGAGGCUGUGUAUGAGACGGGAAACUAUCCGAAACUGGCGUUUCAUUUUGAGCUGAAGAGAAGCAUCUUGUACUUCAUUCUGGAAACUUACGUGCCCUCCAGCCUGUUGGUGGUUUUGUCAUGGGUCUCUUUCUGGAUCAGCCAAUCAUCUGUCCCCGCACGCAUCUGCAUCGGAGUGACCACUGUCCUGACGAUGACCACACUGAUGAUGGGUGCCAGGACAUCUCUGCCCAACGCUAACUGCUUCAUCAAGGCUAUAGACGUGUAUCUGGGCAUCUGCUUCAGCUUCAUCUUUGGAGCACUUAUAGAGUAUGCAGUCGCUCACUUCUGCACGCUGCACCACCCCGACUGUAACGGUGCCCUCAUGUACGGUCACCACAUGCACGACUGUGAGGAGGAGAUGAACGGAAUGCUCACCACCAUCGCCAGCAAUUCCUCACGGCUCAAGAGAUGCAAAGACGCCACAGAUGUGAGCACAGGCGAUGGAGGAGAUCCCGGUCCGUCUGCCAGUGAAGCCACGCCCCCGGAGGUCCCGUCAGAGCCCUUAAACUGCUGCUCCAAAAACAUUUCACUGCUGCGCAAGAUUGUGAGGUCAACCAACUGCUGUCAUGUGAAGAAUCCGCAUUAUAUAGACAACUACUCACGGUUAUCCUUCCCGCUGUCCUUCAUCAUGGUGAAUGUGCUCUACUGGACAUACUACCUGUACUUCUAACCCGCUGCUCGACUCUGGUCAAGACAAGAUGUGUGAAUGAUGGUUUUGGCGAGCUGAAGUGUGAAAGUGAGACGUGUUUAGGAAGGGACAUACAGGUUUGAGUCUCAACACUAGCAUGUAUGUCUGAAACUCGAUUCACUUUCAUUAUUUAAACCUGUUUGUGUCACGUGAGCCGGAGAAUAUGCACACAGGUUUUUAAGGUGAACGUGUAGUUUGCUUUAUUUUUAUUUGUCAUCUCUUCACACAGAUCAAAUCUUUGAAAGACUUUCAGGUCAUACGUUCACAUUACACACACUGAGAUGCUGCUGCUGUUUCAUCAUUGAAUCUGUGUUGUAACGGUGCCAUCAGGAGGAUCAGAGAACUGAAGAUGUGUGUGUGUGUGUGUUAAUCACUGAUGUCCAUCUAUCUGAGGUCAUUCAGGCUGAAGCGUGUGGAUCUGAUGCAGUAAAAGCAGCUGAUCACGAUCAGACGGAUGGAUCUGUGUACAGUACUCAGUGAUGGUGUAACUAGUAGUUACUGUAAUUUAAUUACUUUUCACUUGAAAAGUGUCUUAUUGUGUCUGUAAUUUAAAGCUACUUCUAAAGUAAUUAAGCUAAAUACUGUGUAAUAUAUUCAAUAGUAGAAACAACAGCAAAAUUAUAAGUCUAACUUUAAAACUUAUUUUUAUCCUUCUCACAUUUGUAUACUUUGGUCAGUAAUAAGAAUAAUUUAUGUAGCAAUUAAUUAUUUAUUUCAAUUAAUGAAAUAAGCUGUUUUAUGUCCAUCCUUGAUUCACUGAACUAAUCAAGGUGCAUGUAGGAUAUAUUAAGUAAUUAGUAUGACUGCACAGCUGCAGUGCUGAAGACACACUCAAGCCAUCACAUCGCUCUCUGAUUAUGGCUUCAAUAAAUCCAGCAGCUCUUACAGGAGGUUUGUGUAAAAUGAGCUGAGCGCUGAAGGUGUUCAUCUGCCGCACAUCACAUCUAUAACACCUGAUGCACAUUAUAGCUCUUGUCAUAUGGAUUCAUGUUUGAAUGCGCUGUACUGUGGCCUUAAUCGUCUGGUUCAGAGAGUAUUUACACAGUUUUAUUCUAAGAGAAACAGGACACAAUAGUGCCCCCUUCAGGAGGAACAUGAGUCUCAUCUGAAGUGCAUUUCUUUCAAUGAUAGAUUCUUCUCAGGGCUGUGUUGGAGUUAAAACCGGCUUCAGUAAUUCUUCAUACUUUGAGGCUUUCACUCAGAUAUUUUGAACAUAUGCAGUCAGAUUCUUCAAUAUAUGUCUGAUGCCUUCUGUCUGGAGUACAUACUACAAAGUGCUUGAUUUUAUGCAUGUCUCUUCAGCACUUUAAACCAGUUGUAUUUAUAAUAUUAUACUGUAAAUUAACAUUGUGUUAUACAAGAUAACGUUAUUUCAAUUUGGUAGGUUGAGGAUUACAGUUUUUCUCGAUUGCUAACACACAAUUCACCAUUUUCUGACAACUAAAAACAAAUUCUCAGAACAACAAACCAACUUGUACAAACACCACACAAACAGCAUCACUUCACAAAGGUUUGAUCGUAUUCUCAUUCAGAAAACACAAACACACAAUAUAUUGAACUAAAGUGUCAAGAUGUAAACUCAAAUAACCCACGUUUGUCCAUCAGUAAACAUUCAGAAGCACAACUGAUGACACACACAUCAGAAUGUCAGGAUCAUAUCAAGCUCAUCCUAGAAUCAUCAUGUCCAGUAAACUGUAGCUUGUGUAAACCCUUUUUUACCUGUUCCGUAUUUUUGCAGACAAAAUAUUAUACUUUUAAGAAAUUGGGCAAAAGGUUCUGAGGAUGCCAUAUUUUUUUACAUCGCCUCCUUUUGACAAAUGGCUUCACUGUAUUGUUUCCUUUAUCUUCUCUGUAAGUGGCUUUGAUCAAAGCAUCUGCUAAACACCUGAAUGUAAAUGUUAUUUGUGCAGUUGUGUACUGUAUUGUGUUGCAUGACCAGUUCAUAUUGUUCUGUGGUUUUUGAACUUUUCUUGUCUUGUAGGAUCUUCAUCUACUUUAAAGCAGUGUAAUAUUUGUAUUUUUUUCUAAAGCUCAUUCUUGCAUUUUGCUCUAUCUGCACUCUUAUGUUUUAUAUUCUUAUAACUACUAAGCUGUCAAAUUAUUCUUGAA